AUGGCGGCCACCGAGGCAGGCAGCCCGACUCCCGAUGCUGCCGUUGGUCCCGACGACGGCUUCAUGGGUCCUAACCAUUCGCGGACAGUGCGGAUCAGCCUCGGAGACAGCCGAUUUUAUUCUUUUAAAAGUCAUCUCCACACCCGAGUGGGGCUUGAGCUCACAGCCCUGAGAUCAAGCGCCCCGGCCUCCGCCCGAGCCAGCCGGGCGGCGAGGCUGCCUCGUGCCCGGGACCGAGGACACAGUCCUGCUGCCCGUGGCCACGCCCGGCCCGUGGGCCCCGCGUGGAGACUCGGAUCUCAGACUGUCCGUCCUGCAGGAGCCGCAGACACAGGUCGGGCCCUGCAGGACACAGAGCAGCCCCCAUGCCGGGUGCGCAGGCUAGGAGCUCUGUGGGCUGGACGGCGGGAACCUCUGAAGGUCACCCCAAGAUACACCACCCUGGACCCAGCAACCAGGGUGCACACGAGCUCUCAGAGGCCUGCCGCGCUGACCCACAUCAGCCUCAGGGCAGGACCGACCAGGACGACCCCAGGACCUUGUGAAGUCACUUCUGACCAAAGCUUCGGGCCGACGUGUGCCCCCUGCCCAAGCCUACGCGCAGUGACCACGCGGGCACGGGCACUGGCUUCAACGGGCUUCUCAUCAGGUGCCGCGGACGUUCUCAGCAACGGCUUCCGAAGGGCCUGUGUCCGCCCCGCCACGAGGACGUGGCCGGGUGGGGCGUGGGGACACGGCCAGCGCUGGGGCGUCUGUUCUGGCCACAUGCAGGGACUGUGGGGCCCGUCCAGUGCUCGCGGGGAGGGCCGACCCCCAGACCCCGCGGCCCAGAGGGGCCCGAAUCCGCAGCUCUCCAGGCAGGGCUCCCGCGCUGCCUUCCGUGGUCGGGGCUGAGAGCAGCCCGACGGUGGCACCACUGCACAGAGGGGGUCACACGGCGCCAAGACAAGCGUCAUCAG